CUCACUCACUCACUCACACACAUACAUACAUACAUAACACACACUUGGAGGAAAAAGACGCACAGAAAGACGCACGAAGGUCAGCGGCUCUUCACUGAUAUUCUGCGCUUUUUUUUUUCUUCUCUCAACUGCAGGAGAAAGAAAAAGUUUCCAGAAAGAGAGGAAGAGAGAGGAGAAGGAGGAUCGCUCGGUUUGAGCACGCAAAGACAAGCAGACGCUCUUUGGCUUCUUUUUGUCCUGGAAAUAAUUUUAUUUUAUUUUAAAUUUUACGCGCCCCGCUGUCCUGGUGGAUCCAUUCUUUACGGGCUUUCUUUUUGUUGUUGUUGUUGUUGUUGUUUCACAAAUUAGCACCCAGGCUUUGUGCUGAUAAUCAGUGAAGACGAAGGGGAAACGAGGAGAGGAAGAACUGGACCAGGGCGGACCAAACGGGGCCAGAAACUCACCAGGUAUGGCGGCGGUGUUGCCGAGAACCCUGGGUGAGCUGCAGCUCUACCGGAUCCUGCAGCGAGCGAACCUGCUCUACUACUACGAGGCCUUCAUCCAGCAGGGCGGCGACGACGUGCAGCAGCUGUGCGAGGCCGGGGAGGAGGAGUUCCUGGAGAUCAUGGCCCUCGUCGGCAUGGCCAGCAAGCCGCUGCACGUGCGCCGCCUGCAGAAGGCGCUGCGCGACUGGGUCACCAACCCGGCCAUCUUCAACCAGCCGCUCACUUCGCUUCCCGUCUGCAGCAUCCCCGUCUACAAGCUGCCCGAGGGCUCGCCCACGCUGCUCAGCGCGCAGGACCGAGCCAACACCGCCAGCGUCAAGAUGCCCAAAGCCGUCGCCGCCGCCUGCUCCGACCCAGGGAAGCUAGAUGUGGCACGAGACAAGGUGUCAGCGGGGUCGCCCCUGCAGGGCAGCAGCGAGGCUCGAUUCUGGUCAGGCCACAGCAACGACAGCGAGCACAGUCUGUCGCCGUCAGACCUCGGCUCCCCGUCCUCGCCGAGAGACGCACUGGAGGCUCUGGACGCUGCGGCCGUCCAGUCAGUCCUGGAGUGUGUGGACAGGAUGGCACCGGGACUUCCUAAAACAGACCUGGCUGAGGUCAAAGAGCAGCUGAAGAACAACAAGAAACUGGCAAAGAUGAUCGGACACAUCUUUGAAAUGAGUGACGAUGACCCGCGGAGGGAAGAGGAGAUUCGGAAAUACAGCGCCAUCUAUGGACGCUUUGACUCCAAGAGGAGAGAUGGCAAACACCUGACGCUGCAUGAGCUGACGGUGAACGAGGCGGCGGCUCAGCUUUGUAUGAGGGACAUGGCUCUGCUGACACGCCGAGAUGAGCUGUUCGGACUCGCCCGCCAGAUUUCCAGAGAGGUCACCUACAAAUACACCUACCGCACCAGCAAGUCUCGCUGUGGAGACCGAGACGAGCCGUCCCCUAAAAGGAUUAAAACAGAGGAGAACUUCUUCGACAUCCAGGAGGCGCUGCAGGCGAUCCACAUGAGGCAGGAGAUGCUGAGGGAGCAGCUGGCCUGCGCCAAGUCGAAAGGAGAAGAAACCGUCGGACGGAAUCUGCAGAUGCAGCUGGAGCGUCUGCUGGCCCGGCAGAUGGAGAUCCUGCAGGACGCCGCUGUCCAGGAGCGACUCCAGGCUCUGGACUGGAGGAUCCCCCCUGCCGCGUUAAAGUACCUCAACGACGCCCAGAACACCAACGGAGCCUCCGCCGCCGACGCCAGCAGAGACAACCAAGAUGAACGACCAAUCAACUUGCGGGUGGUUAGUCAGAACAUGCAGGAAGGUGACCUCCCAUUGGGCAAGCAGCUAGCCAAUGAACUGAAGCGCCAUCACAACCACAACAACAACAACAGCAACAACAACACAGACGAGACCAAAACACCAGCAACAGAAAACGGGACAUCGCAGCGAGCGUCCAGCAACACAGAGAAGAAGGCCAUCAAGUCAGAGCCGGAAGACUCCACAUAGUGCCUCCUGCCUCUCCACCCCUUGUACCCGCCCUCAGUUCAUUCUACUCACACUUGACAGUAUGCAGUUAUUACCCAUCAAUAGAUACUAAACAAGCACAGCCACAGUAGAGCCUUAACAACCAAUGUUGCCUCAUGAAUAGCAUUUAUUUUUCUUUGAUUUUGUCUUUUUGGUUUGUUUUUUUUAAAAUGUAUUUGCCAAAGCACCUACAGAGCAUGUCUAGAAGCGCGUCAGUGCUCUACAGGUCUUUGUCUCUUGGUUCAUUGUACACGUUAGAUUUCCAUGUAAUAUUUAAGAGUGCUCUGUUGCAGACAUUUGUACACUCUUUACCUCUGCCUGGGUGGUGUUUUUGUUGCUUUCUUUGGACAGCCAGGUUGCAGGCUAUGAUGCCGGGGCUGAGUCUUAACUCAAAUGUGGAUUCAGAGAUAAUAAUAACAAUAAACUUUACCUAUAGAGCACUUAUCAAAUCAAGGUACAAAGUGCUUCACAGAGAGAAAGAUGAAAUAAGAUAAAAACACAACUCCAAACUGUUGGAACAUGUUUGUAGGACGACCAUAUAGCCAAUGUUUUAAGGCCUCCUUCACUCACAUGUACCUUGAAACUUAACUAUAUUUCAGGUAUCCAGUGCUUCUCCUUCAGAUUUUUAGCUGUGUUGCUCUAGGGAUGACAGUGCCACUACCUAAUAAUAUUUAUAUAAAUAUCGGAUGGAUUGGCAUGAAAUUUGGUACAGACAUUCAUGCCCUUUGGAGGAUAAAUCCGAAAGACUUUGGUCAUCCUCUGGCUUUUGAUUGAGCACCACCUGCAAGUCACACUUUAUAUGAUUAUAUUUUAUGGCACACACAGUGGUGCAUACAUUGUUGUUUCCGAGAUGAUGUAACCUAAUGACUUUGGUGAUUAUAUUUGGUUUGCGGUGAAAUAUCUCCAAAACUAAUAGUUGACAAAGUUUAAACUUAUUUGUCAAAUACUUUGGUUUAUGACCAAAUACCUGCCAAACUAAUGGCAUUCCCAUCAGCCUCAGCUGUACAUAGUACUAAUUUAAUAUUUGUUAGCAUGAUUACUAAGAUGACCGUGGCAAACAUUACUUUUAGCUUGAAAGCAAUCCAAGUGAAUUAUGUUCGGGAUGGAAACACUGUGUAACCCCAUUAUUUUGGGACGGGCAGCUCUUGUAGGCAAGGUCAACAAAUCAGUAUUACCUUAAUACUAAUAUUACUGAGGCUUUCGUAAUGAUUUAAAAUGUAAUUGUAAUGUCUUAUAAUAUGUCAACACAAAGUGCUUAUUGAUGCUUUAUGUUGCCAGGCAUCAACACAUUAUAGAUGUAACUUUUGAUAAACUAUAAAUACAAGCAUAUAUGAGUAAAUAAAUGAGUGGAAACAAGAUCAAAGUCAUUAACACAUAAUAAUGGCAGACAUAGAGUUCAACAACUUUAUUAACCCAGCAAAGCAAUUAGUUAAGAGCAGCUACAGACAACACACACACACACACACACACGUGUUACCUAAUUUUGAGAUAUUUGGUAUCUAAAAAUUCAAAAUCCAUGUUGUGUUUACAAGGCAACUGGAAUUCUUGACUAUUAUAAGAAAACUUAGCAACAACAGCCAAAGAUUUAGCAGCAUUUGGCUGGUGACUUAUUGUCUUUUCCCUGGCUGCUUCCCCACAUCUUCUGAGCCUCUAUCGUUCUCCCAAAUCUAACUUAGGUGUCUGCAUUUGUACUGUAACUCAAAACAAAGGUGUAAAAGUACUGUAGGGAGAUAGAGUUAGGAUUCAGCCCCUGUAGCAGGUUCAUUUUUUUUUGUAGUUUACUUCAAAUGGGAAAACAGAAGAGGUUUGAAUUAAUCCUUCCGUCCUUGCUCUUGUCUUGUGUAUAUUUAUGGGAGGUAAUUUAAGAAGAGCAUGUAUGGGAGCUGUUGUGGAAUAACAGCAGGGGACCACUGUCAUUCUUCUUGGCAGGAUGGCUGGGCUGGCAUGCCGGAGGCCGAGCUAAUUGAGCUCAUUUCACUUUGUAAUUUAGCUAAACACUGCUGUUGAUCCGAAACCACACAUCUGCAAACAGGGAGUAUUUUAGGAAUAAAGCCUCUGUAUUCCUUAAAGAAUAAAAUAUUAUAUAUAUAUAUAUUUAUAUAUAUAUAUAUGUUUGUAUAUAUAAGAUUGCAGGCAUGUGGUUUUUCAACAACCGUGGCAAAAAGCAAAAUUCCUGUUUAUUGCUGUUCAUCGCGGAGCAGCAGCCUGGGGUCUGUAAAUAGUACCGUGAUAACAAAUAGUGCUAGCCUAAUCUCUCAACCAGGGUUCUCCUUUGUCAAGUGUAACUUUGCUGUAGAUUUUUGGUGUCUAUACAGUGUUUAUGUAUGUAGAGCAAAAACAAAAGAAGAAAACUCAAGUGUCACUGAGGAAAAAAUACAACAGUGUGAAAGUGUAUGGUGUAUAAAAACAUGCUUUACCUGAUGAUAAUGUUGAUUAGCCUUAGCUCUUAACAGUGUUUAAUCCACCUGUGAUGGCCAUCAGUGCAUAUUUCAAAGAUGUGUUUUUUGCUGUUUAGAGGUAAAUACAUAACAAAUAAGUGUUCACUGUGUUUUUAUGUAUUCGCCACACUGUGUAAAUACGUCUGUUUGGAUAAUAAUGUCCAGACAAUUUGGUCUAACUCUCCUUUCCCCCUUACUUCCUGCAGAUAGUUUAGUCUCACUCAGCGUAAUGACAGACCAAUGCAAUAUUUAUGUAAGUAAUAAGUCUAUUUGCAUACUAUAUGGAUAUGUCAUUUGUUAUGUGCUCAGUAACUGUAUGUCUGUCACGAACUUCAGGGUGGGAAUUCACCUACAACUUGGGAAAUGUUUGUGUUGUCUCACUUUUAGUGCUCAGGGCACUGUAUUUGUAUUUAAAGACAUUGUGUUCUUUUCACGAAAUCGCAGCCACUAUGGCAAAAAACUAGUGGGAAUUUGGAGUCAUGAUCUGUUGUAAAAAAUCUAGUUUGCUAGUGAAUUCUGGGAGAUAAAGCCAUCGUGGCUCGGGGACAAAAUAUCUUUUGUUUCCAGCCUGAUUGGCUCAAACACUGGCCUAGUUAGUGUGACUGUCGUACGAUGUUUCAGAGAAUAGCGCAUGUCUGACCUGCCGUCUCACUGAUCACUGUUCUCCUCACUGUUUAUGGUAAAGUGAUAGAUUAGGCUUCACCUAGUUAUGCACCUGUUUUUUAAACACUAAUAUAUUUUAUUUGUUAUACAGCACAUAAACAUUAAACUUUAUUUUUUUGAACUCUA